GGCUGUUGGGCGGGGCAGACGUCGUCUUCUUCGUCGGCAAAGCUCGCGGCAUACGCAACACGUGGACCCGCGUUUGCUACGAGAAGGAAAGACCAAGUUCGGCCCUGACAUCUUCAGAAACACAAGGGCUCAAGGACAUGGGAGUUUAUGUUGGUGAACAGCGUGAACUGUAG